AUAUAAAGUAGAUGCUGUGCGGACAUAUAUAUACAUCUAUCAGCAUUGUCCAUGAAAUUCUCACCUUUUGGCCCUCUAUAUUUCACCAAUAAGUAGCAUCCCACUGCACUCAGUGAGCCCAGGCAACUGUUACAUAUAUGCUUGCAAGGCUCAUCCGACAUAGCUUCCAUCAGACGAGGCUGCAUUUCUACAGCAACAUGGCCGGGGUUUCGCUUGAUGAGCUUCCAAAAUCAAGUGUCUUUACAUCGAAGCUUCCGCCCGAUCCCCAGUUUCCGAUGCCCGAAUCUUCCCAUAAUGCGCCUAGACAACAUCUCGGCCCUCGCUUGGUGAAAGGUGCCAUGUACACUUUUGUUCGCCCUGAGCCAGCGGAGGAGCCAGAGCUCUUAGGUGUUAGCCCCAAGGCAAUGGAGGAUAUAGGGCUGAGGAAAGGAGAAGAGCAUACACCCGAAUUCAAAUCAUUGGUUGCUGGAAAUAAGUUCUUCUGGAGCGAGGAGAGUGGCGGAGUAUAUCCGUGGGCUCAGUGUUACGGAGGAUGGCAAUUUGGUUCAUGGGCAGGCCAGCUCGGAGAUGGGGUGCGAUCUAUGUCUAUGUCCAUAAUUUGUUUUUGGGGGAGCGGGGCGACCGAUUGCUGACUGAAGUAGCGCGCGAUAAGUCUUUUCGAGACCGUUAACCCCAGAACGAAUACCCGGUUUGAGUUGCAACUCAAAGGCGCUGGCAGAACGCCCUAUUCGCGCUUUGCAGAUGGCAAGGCUGUUCUUCGGUCUAGUAUUCGCGAAUACAUAGUCUCAGAAGGUAUUGAAUCAAGUCCUAUAUGACUAUAUAUGGUGCUCACUCGCUGAAUCACCCAGCUCUUAAUGCACUCGGUGUGCCCACUACCCGAGCGCUUUCUCUUAGCCUACUUCCGAAGUCGAAGGUUAUACGGGAACGCCUCGAACCCGGGGCUGUAGUGGCUCGCUUUGCUGAAACAUGGCUGAGAAUUGGGUCCUUCGAUAUUCUACGUGCACGCGGCGAUCGUAAUCUAAUAAGAAAAUUGGCCACGUUCAUUGCUGAGGAUGUCUUUCCCGGGUGGGAAUCACUUCCCGCAGCUCUCUCCUCAGACGAAAAGAACCCCCCAGCUGCUGUUGAUAAUCCACCCAGGGGUGUCGCCCGAGAUGAAAUACAGGGACCUCAGGAGGAAAAUCGCUUUGCAAGAUUAUACCGAGAGAUCGCCAGGAGAAAUGCAAAAACAGUGGCUGCGUGGCAGGCAUAUGGAUUCAUGAAUGGCGUGCUGAACACCGAUAAUACGUCAAUAUAUGGCCUGUCGAUCGACUAUGGCCCUUUUGCUUUCAUGGACAAUUUCGAUCCUAACUACACUCCAAACCACGAUGAUGAUCUUCUGAGGUAUUCUUAUAAGAACCAGCCCAGUAUCAUCUGGUGGAAUCUAAUCAGACUUGGGGAAUCAUUCGGAGAACUCAUAGGAGCUGGCAGCAAAGUUGACGAUGAAAGUUUUGUGAAAGAUGGCGUGACGGAAGAAUUUGCUCCUACCCUCACCAAACGUGCAGAAGAUAUCAUCGGACGAACGGGUGAUGAGUUCAGAACCGUCUUCCUGAAUGAGUACAAGAGGCUGAUGGGUAGAAGACUUGGAUUAAAGAUCAACAAAGAAUCAGACUUUCAAGUUUUAUACUCGGAAUUGCUUGACACAAUGGAAGCCCUGGAACUUGAUUUCAAUCACUUUUUCAGACGGCUGUCAGGACUGGCCCUUACUGACGUGGACACUGAAGAGAAACGGAAGGCAAUAGCGCAAGUAUUUUUCCACGACGAAGGUGUCGGAGGGAUAGGAAAUACAGAGGACUCCUCGAGGGAUCGUAUAAGCAAAUGGCUCGAUAGCUGGAGACAACGAAUACUCGAAGAUUGGGCUCCUGACCAAGACAAGGAAAGACAGGAGGCCAUGAAGGUCGUUAAUCCAAAGUUUCUCCCACGGGGAUGGAUCCUUGACGAAGUCAUCGAGCGCGUCGAGCGUAAGGGUGAUCGACAGAUCCUGGACCGUGUGAUGCAGAUGUCAUUGAAUCCUUUCAACGACGAAUGGGGCCUAAACAAAGAGGAAGAGGAUCGUUUUUGCAAGGAUGUUCCCAGAUUUAAGAGAGCAAUGAUGUGCAGUUGCAGCUCAUAAAAUUAUGCAGCUAUUACUUCCAUGCCAGAACAACCAUAUGAGGCAGCCAGUCCGUUUCUUAUCGUACUCAAGACAGGCUCUGGCUUCUUCAUAAGCCCAGAUGAAAAGGAGUCAGUCCUUAUUUGAAAGAGGCAAAAGACAACGGCUCUACAUCGGAAUGAAUGUUGCGAGGAGAUAAGAAUAUAGAAUGUGAUCCGGUAUAAGAAUGGAAUUAAUUCAACUUUUGAUACAGGCAA